GCUUGUCCGCAGCGGCUUAAGAGAGGCAGCCUCCGGGUCAGGGCUGGCUCAGCAUCGUAACUAAACGGGCCUCCUCAACGUUAUCGCCUUCAACGUAUCGCCAACGUUAUCGGCUCCGAUAUUGCCUCCCACAGUUAAGCAAGACUUACUUAGAGUGCGUUACUUCUCGAGAUCUCUAAUUCACGCUGAACGUGGGAAAGGUGUUGCUAUUUUUAAAAGCUGAGGGCAGCAAUAAAAAGCCUCCCACUUCUGAACUCUGCAAAACCGCCGGGUUCACUGUGUGAUCCGCUGCCAGAGCCUGAACCUGGGUUCCCCCACCAAGACACCUGAGAGGAGUAUCAUGCUUUGCAGUCUCAUACUGAGGCAUUUAAAUGGGAGCUGGACUGUUCUGACCUACUGAAACACUUAAUGACUUAAUCCCAUAGUCAUUUACAGCAAACAGGUGUAAACGAGGCAUGGAAAAGUGCCGGAGAACACACCACUAACCAGCCACAAAACUGAGGUAACCACUACAGCUACGCACUCCUGACUGAAGAACACCUUUUUCUCUUUACAUAGCUGUUUAUUUUCAGUUACUUAUCUCACUGCCCAGUCCCAGUAGAGGCAAGCUACAUGCAGUUUUCAUUUUCCUAUAAGCAGACAUUCUGCUCUCCUCUCUCUCGUUAGCUCAGGCUUGCCAUGUCUACAUUCAGAAGAAAAUUACGGUUGUCUCCACUGGACUUUACAGCAAAGAUGACUAACAUGCCAUAGCGUAGCUUCAGCCUCUGGACUACAGAUAGGGUGUUCUAGGCCUGGAUAAAAUUACUUCCAGGAGUAGAUACAGUGGUCCUGAAACAUCACUGUUUUUUCUGCACUGCCUCGCUUUAUUUUGGAUGACUUUGGUUUUCUCCCCUGAAUCAUCAUGGUCUCUGUUGGCCACUUAAUACUAAGAGAACUGACUGACUUCCGCAGAAGACGUACUCCUGAAUUUUAUCAUCCUACUUUCAGAUUUUCUGCUAGCUUGCUGUUCUUCCCUGACUCUGCUUGUCCUUACUGAAAAAUUAAUUACACAGCUCCUCACAUCUGUGCUGACAUCUCUGUGCUGAAGAAAAUUCUAAGGGGAGAAAGCUGGUGUGAUUAACACUGCUCCUGCUUUAUAAAGUGAGACAGAUUGUAAAGAGGAUGCAUCAAAGACAGACAUCCCCGCAGAAUGUGACAGAACGCCACAGAAGAAUGCAAAAAUGACUCAUCUUUGGAAAGCAGCCCAGGAUCAGAGCUGAGAUAUUGGAGCUGGAGUGGUAGUUCCAUGAGAAAUACCUUCUCAUAGCGCUCCAUAAAUCUUAAAUUACAAAGCAUUCAAGGGUAGGAGUGAGACUGUGGACUGCAAAAAUUGCUAUUUUCUGAAUAACGUCAAAGUAAGUAAAACCCUGCUCGCGCUAUGCAACACUAACACUACUGUGAAGAGGAUGGAAAGAUAAACAUCUACAGUGGUAACAUUAACAGCAGAGUUUCAUUUAAACUGGGAUUGUUUUUCUGAUCUCAUGUUAUACAGCAGAAAGCAGUGGAAAAGUUUGAUUAUAAUUACUGUCUUGAAUACUUUCCUUUGUUCAAAGCACUCGGUUCCCGUUCCCGCAGGGAAGGGGGCCCAGCUGCGCCCAGUCCGUGCGGGCGGCUGCGAAGGGAGGCCGUGUCGGUGCUGACACUGCGCUGCGUGGCGCGACCCAGCUGCUUUGCGGGACUGGAGCUUCCACAGCUGAGGGAAACAAAUGUUGCGUCCUGCAACUUAAAUACAAGUAAUCUGGCAGCGGUAGUGCUCUUGGCAGUAGUGCUUACGUGCUUGGAAGUGCACGUGUGCUUAUGUUAAUGGCAUAGCAGGUGCUUUCUAGCACGGCAGCCAUGCGAUUCAGUUCCUUCAAACCCUCCUUUGGGCCCUGUGCUCGGCCCCCGUGGGGUCCCCUACAGCCCCCGACGCGUCUCUCUCCGGAUCUGCUUGCAGGACCGUAGCCUAGACGCGUUCAGCCGAGCUUGCCGUAAAGGACCUCAUCAUCCUUCUGCCUCAAGAGCAUCACAAGAAACCGCAGGAUGAGAGGAGGAGGAGGAAAAUGGCCGGAGCCGCAAGCGCGACCGAGCGUGCAGGUAGCGGUGCUACAGCAGUUGUCCAGGCAGCGCUAUGCAAACCCAGGCAAGAACGCGUAGCAAUAAAGAGGAUCAACUUAGAAAAAUGCCAGACCAGUAUGGAUGAGUUACUUAAAGAAAUUCAAGCAAUGAGUCAAUGCAAUCACCCCAAUGUGGUGACCUAUUACACGUCUUUUGUGGUGAAGGAUGAGCUUUGGCUAGUUAUGAAGCUGUUAAGUGGGGGUUCAAUGCUUGAUAUCAUAAAGUAUAUUGUCAACAGAGGAGAACACAAAAGCGGUGUCCUUGAAGAACCCAUAAUAGCAACAAUACUUAAAGAAGUUUUGGAGGGGUUAGACUACCUGCACAGGAAUGGGCAAAUUCACAGGGAUUUGAAGGCUGGCAACAUUCUUCUGGGUGAAGAUGGCUCUGUACAAAUAGCAGAUUUUGGCGUUAGUGCAUUUUUAGCAACAGGAGGUGAUGUUACUCGUAAUAAAGUAAGGAAAACAUUUGUUGGUACUCCAUGUUGGAUGGCCCCUGAAGUAAUGGAGCAGGUGAGAGGUUAUGACUUCAAGGCUGAUAUGUGGAGUUUUGGGAUAACAGCCAUUGAAUUAGCAACAGGAGCAGCACCUUAUCACAAAUACCCUCCUAUGAAAGUGUUAAUGCUGACGCUGCAGAAUGACCCUCCUACUUUAGAGACGGGUGUAGAGGACAAGGAGAUGAUGAAAAAGUAUGGCAAAUCUUUUAGAAAACUAAUUUCACUAUGCCUUCAAAAAGAUCCUUCCAAAAGGCCCACAGCAGCAGAACUUUUAAAAUGCAAAUUUUUCCAGAAAGCCAAGAAUAGAGAAUACCUGAUUGAAAAGCUUCUCACUAGAACACCUAAUAUAGCACAAAGAGCGAAAAAGGUUAGACGAGUACCAGGUUCCAGUGGUCACCUCCAUAAAACAGAAGAUGGGGACUGGGAAUGGAGUGAUGAUGAAAUGGAUGAAAAGAGUGAGGAAGGCAAAGCUGCUUUUUCUCAGGAAAAGUCACGAAGAGUAAAAGAAGAGGAGAACGCAGAGCCUGCUGUUAGUGAUGAAUACAGUGAAGUUCCAUGUGCAGUGAAUCUUGUUUUAAGAUUAAGGAACUCCAGAAAAGAACUUAAUGACAUACGGUUUGAGUUUACUCCAGGCAGAGACACAGCAGAUGGCGUUUCUCAGGAGCUGUUCUCUGCAGGCCUAGUUGAUGGCCAUGAUGUAGUUAUAGUUGCUGCUAACUUACAGAAGAUAGUAGAUGAUCCUAAGGCCUUGAAAACAUUGACUUUUAAGUUGGCCUCUGGCUGUGAUGGCACUGAGAUUCCUGAUGAAGUGAAACUGAUUGGGUUUGCUCAGUUAAGUGUCAGCUGAUGUCUGUCCCUUGACCCCGACCUGAAUCAUGAGAUUGCGAAGAGGCCAGCUUAGAUGCAGAGGAAAAUUAAAGCACCACACACUGAGUUCUGCUUCAUUCUCUAGCAAUUCACAAAGUCAGAACAAGCAAAACCCACAGCUACACCGCUGCUGCUAACAUUCAAAAUGCUACUAAAUGUCUCUUAGCAGUUGAUUUGGAUUUCCCCUAAGUGAAAAGCCUGUGGAAAGGCACUCAGGUGGCUGUAUUUAUUGGUUACAAAAGGAAUUUUCUAUCAAGCUUACUUCUCCUUUCAUAAAUUUUGAGUGAUACUAUUUUACCUAUCCUUGUGGUUGAUAAUAUUGCCUCUGUUCUGUUGUAUUUAGAAAUUAACAUAAUUACGAAAGUUAAUUAUUAGCCAGACUUGAAUCCUAGUUUUAAAACUGUGAAUUUUAUUUUUCAUAUAUUUAUGCAUUACACAUCCUAGUUAAAAGGAAAUGAUUUCACUUGAUUAUGUGCUAUUUGCAGUUAAUCUCCCAUUAUUUAAAAAAGUUUCAGGUAUAUCUUUGAUAUAUUUGGUAACUUACAGUUUUUUUUGCAAUUAGUUUAUUAGGCGUUAGCAAGCUCUUGUUGGUUGUGUGUCUAAAAACCAAUCCACAAACUGAUUGUCAAGGGUGUGGGAGGUGCCUUGAAGACAUUAGUAUUCUUAAGAAUGUGCCUGAGGCUGCUUCAAUCUAGAAUAAUCUCCAUUUUCUAGAAAUACCAUAUAUAUGGAACUAUAUAUAUAGCUAUCAGAAUAAGGAGAGGAUAUACAGGAGCAAAGAUGUUAGAGAAGUUUGAGGUAAACUCUGCUUUGUUGAGGAGUCUUUGAGCUAGAACUACUAUAAAAUGUUGUCUUUAAGGUAGACUGCUUACUGUGCCCAUCUCUAAUUUGACUUAUCCUGAAGUGAUAGAAAUUGAUUUCAUACUGGUGAUAAAACUUGAAGAACAGAACUGAAGCUUUACUUGAAAUUCUGCAAAAUACCAAGGUGGAGUGAAAGUAAUAGGGCUUUGUGCAAUGAUCAAGUAAAACUGUUACAAAGAAAACACUUCUGACCCAAGUAGUCUUAUGCUUAACCUGUCACAUAGGUGUUACGGAGCUAGCAAACUUCAGAAAGAUUUUCAAAUUUGAAGACAUACUCCUUGGACGUUACAAUUUAAACUACUUCCUAGCUAAUCCUAGAUAAAUGGCAGCUCUUUAAUGUACUGAAAAUGGCAAAUAUAUAUUAUUAAGAGAAGUUAUUUAUAAUGCCUUGUCCUAAUUGUUGAGGUGUUCUAGAGCCAUUUGCAUACAACUCAAUGUAAUUUCAUUCCAUUCUAUUGUUUACAUGAUGAUUAUUCCAAGAUGACUGCAAAGGUAAAUAAAUAAAUAAAU